AUGGAUGAAAAUAAUCAUAGUUAUGGAAGAAAUAUGAAUUUGGCAGAAUAUUUAUGGGCAAGAUUUGAGCAUACUAGUAAUCGUGUAUCAAUUAGUGUUUUUAUUCCUAAUUUGAUGUGUUACUGUAUCAAAAUAUAUAUAGGUAAGGAUUGUGAUGCAUCAGUGCUAGUAGAAGGGGAUGGAACUGAGAAAGCAGAUCCUGCAAAUAAAUCUCUAGGAGGAUUUGAAGUAAUAGAGACGGCUAAAAGAGAGCUAGAAUUGUUCUGCCCUGGAACUGUUUCAUGUGCUGAUAUUCUUGCACUGGCUGCUAGAGAUGUUGUCAUGAACAAUCUAACAACACUGCUAUCAUUAGAUGAUCUUGAAAGAUUUAAGGCAUGCUCUAAGUUAGAGAUGCGGGUCACUAGUACCGGAUGUUUCUCUUCAUCUUGA